AUGCUCUCCAGCGCCCUUUUGGUACAAAUCGACAAGGGUGAGCAUGGCUCAUACAGGAUCAAUCAGGUGGAGAAUACGCAAAUCUGUGACCCAAAGAACAAGAACUGGCUCGCUUUCGAUUUAACCGUGGGGAUAUUUACUGUCUCGGGCUAUGUACACACCGUCAGUCUUGAAGCAGAAGUCACUCUGGAAGUGUACAAUAUGACCAUGGGCACUUUCCGUGGAAAUCCUCAUCAUGGAUUCAAAAUCAACCUGGACCUGAGUAUGGUGAAGGGAAGUGUGGAGCUACAACUGAACGAUUUCGACGAGCUAUGGCUUGAUGUCGACUCCAAAGUAUUCCAGGUCUCGGAGAAUGGGCCUGGCCAAUUUGUACCCUACAGAAAAACAAACUUCAUCCGGGAGUUGCCAGGUUUCCGAUCGAAAAGAGAGUAUCGGAUCGGAGGGUUGGCGGCUCUGUCCUGUGCCGAUUCACCGCCCGGCUCCCCCGCGCCGCCCGGCAUCACGGGCAUUUCUAAUGCCCUGUCAGCAAUUACGGAACAGGAGCACAAACGAGGAUUUUCUAGACAACAGAGCUCAUAUUCGGCAUUUCAGAUUUCGCGAUCCAGCAUUUACCAGUUGGAGCUAACUUAUUUGAAGUCCAUUGCCCUUGAAAUCCUCUACUAUAGCUCAGCAUUGCCGCCAUCCUUCACCGAGGGGCAACCGAAUUCACCCACCACUUCCUCCCGACAUCCCCUCCACAACGCUUGCAUCAUGCCUUCCACCACAACAGAGAUUGCGCAGCAAUUUGAUUCGAUCGAGGAUACGAUCGCCGCAUUCAAGAAUGGCGAAUUCAUUAUUGUCCUUGAUUCACAAGACCGAGAGAAUGAAGGCGACCUGAUCAUUGCGGCCGAGUCUAUCAGCGCCGCGCAAAUGGCCUUCCUCGUGCGCCACACAAGUGGUCUGAUAUGCGCGCCCAUUCCUCCGAGCCUCGCCGACCGUCUCGCCCUGCCGCAAAUGGUUGCCGAAAACGCCGACCCUAAGGGUACCGCGUACACUGUCACUAUCGAUGCGAGCGACGACUCUGUGACGACGGGUAUCUCUGCCGAGGAUCGCGCGCUGACCUGCCGCACUCUCGCAUCCCCUGAUGCUCAGAUUGACUCCUUCCGCCGGCCCGGUCACAUCAUCCCAUUGCAAGCACGUGCAGGCGGCGUGCGCGAGCGCAAAGGUCAUACCGAGGCUGCUGUUGAAUUCUGCCGACUGGCGGGCAAGGCGCCCGUGGGUGUGAUUGCAGAGCUUGUCGAGACUGGCGAGGUGGUCGAAGGUGUUCCUGAAAUUUGCGGGAACAAUGGUAUGAUGAGGCGCGAUGCGUGUCUCCAGUUCGGCAAGAAAUGGGGAAUCAAGACGUGCACCAUCGAGGACCUGGUCGAAUACUUGGAUCGGACCGAGGGCGUGAAAAACGGUCUCUAG